CUUCUAUGUUUCUCAAUUCUAUUUCGUCUCAAAAUUCGCUUUCCAGCGAAAUCGCAGAGAAAUCACAAAACACAAACACAACAAAAUUUUCUUCGUCAGAUAUGCCUACUAAUUUUAUAAAACCGCCAUUUCCGCCAAUGAUCAAAGUUUCCGAUAUAAUCUCCAAAAGAGAUCCAACUCAAAUAAAUUUAAAAGGCCCCAAUGCCUUCUUAAUUUAUCGCAAGGCAUUUCUAGAACAUUUGUCAACUGUAAUGCAUUUAACUUCCAUCGCUAAUUAUUCAUCAUCGUCUUUAAUUAGUAACGAAAGCAGACCAAAAGAUUAUGGUAUAAAAUCUCAUUUAAAAAUGACAGAAUUUUCAAAAUUUGUUAGUAUUUGUUGGAAUUCUGAGCCUGAAUUCGUUAAAGAAACUUAUAAAAAUAUGGCAAAACAAGUUAAAGAUGAAUUGGAACAAUUAAGAAAGAAUAAUUCUUCAUCAAGGAUAGGUAGAUCAAAAGUUAUUUGGAGAAAUGCGAAAUGCCCAUUCAUGAAGAAGAAAAAAGUUGAGAAUUCAAAUACACAAUUACUUAAAAACCUUAAUAAUUUGAGAAAAGGUAAUGUUAGCGAUGAAAUUGCAAAAAGUGGAUCUAAAAAUAAUAAAGAACAUGGAAAUGAUGGUAAAGAGAAAGGAAAUGUGAAUAUAAAGAAAGAAAAGUCACGGACUAAAAACGGAUCUAUUGGACAUUCAAAACCAAAAGAACUUGCAAACAAUAUUGUAUAUGAAUUUGUUCCUAUAUCACCGGAAACUGUAAAAGCUAGUCAACCAAAGGAAAAAUCAAAGGUUAAACCAUCCGAAGAUACUCCUUGGGUUACUGAAUCUACUUUUACAGUUGUUCCAAAUUCUACCUUUACAAGUACACCAACAUCUGAACUGAUUAGUAACAACGAUUGUAAUAUUGCGUAUUCCGUAGCACAUUCAUCAGACAAUUCGAACUAUAUUACAAGUGAAGAAAUUGAUUGGGAUUUAAAUUUCUUAACUGCGCAAUAUCCGGUGGAACAAAUAUUUUAUGACAAUUGUAUGUUUCAAAAUCUCUCGCAGGGAUUACCAAAUGAGAGAAUUGGUGUUGAAUUGCAGGAUUUAUAUUUACAAAGUUAUCUUUGA